GGGAGUUUCAUGAAAAAGACCGAGGAAUGGGAUGAUUGCUGUUUCUACUAUCAUAGGAUUCGAGAAGAUCGAGGAAUUUGAAGGUUGUUGAUUUGAUAUUUAUAUUUACGCUCAACUGCUUUGAUGUGAUCGAGCAAUAAGCUACAAUGGAUGAAAACGAGACUAUUAUCGAAUUGAAGAACAAUGAAGUGAAUAUGCCCGUGCCGAAAAUAAAACACGAUUGGUAUCAAACGGAGACCCAUGUAAUUGUGACAAUACUCGCUAAGAAUGUAGAAGAUAUGAAAGUCGUAUAUGGAGAAAAUACACUAAGUGUGUCUGCACAGUUACCAUCUGGCAAUGAAUAUAGUUUAGAGUUAGAUUUAGCCAACUUUAUAGUGGAGGAUCAAUGUACAUACAAAGUGAUGCCAUCCAAGAUAGAAAUCAAGCUGAAAAAACGAGAUGAUAUUAGAUGGACAACACUGGAAGGAAAUCCAGUUUUAAGUAAAGUAAAACCUAUACCAACUGAAAUACUUCAAGCUGGCAAAGAAGCAUCCAAAUAUCCAAGCUCCUGUAAAAAAUCUAAAGAUUGGAAUAAAGUUGAAAAGGAAAUAGAGAGACAAGAGGCAGCAGAAGAAACUGAGGGUGAGGCUGCAGUGAAUGCUCUCUUCCAAAAGAUAUAUGGCAAUGGAUCUGAUGAAGUGAGACGUGCGAUGAACAAAUCCUUUAUAGAAUCUGGCGGUACCGUUUUAAGCACUAAUUGGGAAGAAGUAGGAAAUAAAACAGUCGAGAGAAAACCACCAGAUGGAAUGGAAUGGAAAACUUGGGACUCAUAAUUAUGAUUUUUUGCUAAUUACAUUUUCAUCAUUUCUUACAUAUUAUAUAAUAUAUAUAAUAUAUAUCU